UCAGCUGACGCUCUGCAUUGCAGACUGCGAAGUCAAACGGCGCUAUGUGUGCUCUCUUCGUCCUGGCCAGCCUCCUGGGCGCGGCUGUCGCCGGCCCUGUCCUAGGCCUGAAAGAAUGCACCCGAGGCUCGGCGGUGUGGUGUCAGAACGUGAAGACGGCAGCCAGCUGCGGGGCUGUGAAGCACUGCCUGCAGACCGUCUGGAACAAGCCGACUGUGAAAUCCCUUCCCUGCGACAUAUGCAAAGACGUCAUUACUGCUGCAGGUGACAUGCUAAAAGACAAUGCCACGGAGGAAGAGAUCCUCGUUUACUUGGAGAGGACCUGUGACUGGCUUCCUAAACCAAACCUGUCUGCCUCGUGCAAGGAGGUGGUUGACUCCUAUCUCCCAGUCAUCAUGGACAUGAUUAAAGGAGAGAUGAGCCAUCCCGGGGAGGUGUGCUCCGCGCUCAGCCUCUGCGAGUCUCUUCAGAAGCACCUGGCAGAGCUGAAUCACCAGAAGCAGCUCGAGUCCAAUAAGAUCCCAGAACUGGACAUGACCGAGGUGGUGGCUCCCUUCAUGGCUAACAUCCCGCUCCUCCUUUACCCUCAGGACGGCCCCCGCAGCAAGCCCCAGCCUCAGGCUGGUGGGGACGUUUGCCAGGACUGCAUUCAGAUGGUGACUGACAUCCAGGGUGCUGUCAGGACCAACUCCACUUUUGUCGACUCCUUGGUGGAACAUGCCAAGGAGCAAUGUGACCGCCUGGGGCCUGGCAUAGCCGACAUGUGCAAGAACUACAUCAACCAGUAUUCUGAAAUUGCUGUCCAAAUGGUGAUGCAUAUGCAGGAUCAGCAACCCAAGGAGAUUUGUGUGCUGGUGGGGUUCUGUGACGAGGUGAAGGAAAUGCCUAUGCAGACUCUGAUCCCUGCCAAAGUGGCCACCGAGAACAUCAUCCCUGCCCUGGAACUGGUGGAGCCCAUUAAGGGGAGCAGGACCAAGGAGUAUGAGUCCCAGCAUGAAAGUGUUCUCCUCCUGCACUUUCCACAGAAGGACCUGGUCCAGGCCAAGGCCGACGUGUACUGCGAGGUGUGUGAAUACGUGGUGAAGGAGGUGGUCAAGCUGAUUGACAGCAACAGGACUGAGGAAGAGAUAAUCCACGCUUUGGAUAAAGUGUGCUCAAAAUUGCCUGCGUCCUUGUCGGAAGAGUGCCAAGAGGUAGUGGACACAUACGGCAGUUCUAUCCUGUCGAUCCUCCUGCAGGAGGCGAGCCCUCAGCUGGUGUGCAGCAUGCUCCACCUCUGCUCCAGCCAGGGGCUGCCUGCGCUGACUGGUGAGCCCAGGGCCUGGUUGGGGAGAGCACGGCGCCCCUCAUGGAUUGGGGAGGCCCUGCCAGUGCUGAGCCCUGUGCCCUCUUGUGUAGCUCACGUGACUCAGCUGCAGGAUGGUGGCUUUUGUGAAGUGUGCAAGAAGCUGGUUGGCUAUUUGGACCGCAACCUGGAGAAAAACAGUACCAAGCAGGAGAUCCUGGCUGCCCUUGAGAAAGGCUGCAGCUUCCUGCCCGAACCUUACCAGAAGCAGUGCGAUCAGUUUGUGGCUGAGUAUGAGCCCGCGCUGAUAGAAAUCCUAGUGGAGGUGAUGGAGCCUUCCUUCGUGUGCUUGAAAAUUGGAGCCUGCCCGUCAGCCCAUAAGCCUCUUUUGGGAACUGAGAAGUGUGUCUGGGGCCCAAGUUAUUGGUGCCAGAACACGGAGACAGCAGCGCAGUGUAACGCUGUCGAGCAUUGCAAACGUCACGUGUGGAACUAGAAGAAACUCCUGCAGAAAUCACAGCAUCUUUUCCUACUUUGUGUGUCUGGGAGAAUGAAUGUGCACAGAUCUGUUUGAUUUUAUUAUUAAAAUAUGACACCCCCCCC